AUGUCGGUAGCUGCAGACUACUCUGGUUGGGUGCGUGAGCUAGACGAAUACCAGAGUGGCGAUGGUCAAGCUGACGAGCGUCUUGAAGCUCCAAAUGAGAGUGGGAAAGCGACCCGACAGUCAUCAAUUUCUACUGCGAAUACAACCCGAAAGAUGAAGCCACGAGCGACGAGCGCCAUGUCGAUCUCACAAACAGAAGAACUACAGCAAGAAAUGAAGUUGCUAAAUUGGCACAAACUAGCGAACGAGGCAGCUCUCAAGGCUGCCAUCAUCAAGACCAAUAAGAUCAAACAGGAAGACUCGCAAUUCGCCAGUGCGCUCACUCAGGGUGAGCGCGAAGAGCGUGCGCAGCGUGCCCAGCAGAUUAUCGAAGAAGAGCAACUUAAGCCUUUGCAGGUAAACACGGAGUUUUUCCGCACUUUGGAAGCCAAAGGCCAACGUGACGAGGCCAAGUUCGACGACGAUGUACAGCGCCACAUCCAGCAUCUUCGAAAACUCAAAGAGUCGAUGACACAACGCGAGGAUAUGCAGCGAAGACGUCAACAAUAUCGCGAAAAGAUGCUGGAGCUUCAAGCCAGUGGGAACGAUUCCAGUCGGUCAAAGGCGAAGGGAUCGAAUCAAGACGAGGAAACCAGCUCACCUAACAAACGCGACCGUGGGAAUAGUAAUAGUGUGUAUCACCUCGCUGCGAUGGCUGCAGGAGGCAAAGCUGCACAAGACAACGCAAACGUAGUCACCAGUCUUGACAAACUGAUGGAGCUGGAGCAGCGUAUUAGGCAUCUGGAAGAUGCUGGCUUAGCAGUGGAUGAUCUUGACAACGCACGAGGUGGUAACACCUCAAGUAGAACAGCAGGGUCCAAGCAAUCCGCCACUGGUAGCGGUCUCCGGUUUGCUAAAAGGAGAGCUACUGGUGGGCUGCAUGAGCCCUCCAGAACGGUGUAUGCUGUCACCGGGCCGUCUAAAAUGCGUGCACGAGAUAAAACAACAGUGACGUCAACACGACGAGCACAGGGGUCGACAGCAGCGGCGAACGCGAAGAAGCGAGCGCUUAAUAGCAAUACUGGAACGAGGAACAGGACCAGAUCGAAGACAGACACGUUCCUUACGAGUCUCCCUGAGAACAAGCAGCGUCAACUUCGACGCAUGACGGAACGUGAACGACGGACAUUCCUUAAGAACGAGAAGGCGAAGGAAGCGCAACGACAAGCUCGCAAACAGGACGUCGUCAUUGAAGGAUGGCUUGAGAAGAAGCGCGCUGCUGCCAACCAACGGAAGGCCACCACAUCGCACGUACGGGCUGGUGCAUCGGCAAAGUCAACAACGGAAAGAAACCAGAAGCAGCGACUACCCCCACAACCGCGUGUAAGAGCCCCCGUGGGUGCUGCAUCUGGGAAGCGUAUUGCGAACACCCAUCUACAAAAGCUAGAUGACAUCAAGAAAGGGUAUACGAAUCGGAAAGAGGCUUUCCAGCGUCUACCAGUCACAACUAACAGUAGAUCUACGGGUCGUUUUGGUACGACAACAACACUUGCCACCCGAAACCAGCGAUCUUUUGCUCGGAGCGCGGUAAUUGGAGCUAAUACUCGACAAACCUCUGGCUUGGGCGGAACCAGACUGCCAUUCGCUCGCUCUACAGCUCCAGUCAGGUCGAUGUCAACUCGGCAGCCACUAAGUCGACGUGGAGGACCGACGUCGGGUCCUGUGGCUGGGCAGGUCGCCAACAAGUUGCCCCAAAUCCAACGAAAUGCAGCGCCACUCAGUGCCAUGAUGCGUGGACCAGGCUUGGUGGUUGGCAACAGCGCCACCUUGCCACGAUUAUCGACUCAGUCAAGACCAGGACACAUGCCGUCACAACCCCCAGCUGCUCGUAGCGGCAACAUGCCGACGUUCAGUCGUCUGCACAAGCGGUGA